AACUGUGGCUCUCGCCGAGCUGGCACCGGCUUCUGGAGGCUCUGAGGCGCUCAGCUCCCUGACCGGCCUCGGGCGGCGGCCUGCGACCAUGCCGAGGCCCGUGCGGAAUAAGAAACCAGUCAAUUACUCACAGUCUUUGGAUUCAGACUAUGAUGAUGAGGAAACUGAGAACCAGGAAAGUCAAGUGACUUGCCCCAGUUACAUAGCCAAUGAUGAUGAUUUUGCUCCUUGGACUGCAUCGUCAAACAAAAAAUCAAAAAUAACAAAGGAAACAAAACGAGAAAAGCAAGAGAAACCAAAAUCAAAAAAUAGCCAUAAAGAAGAGUCUCCACUCCAAGUGAAAACGCCUAAUAAAAGGAUGGCCUUGGAUGACAAGCUCUAUAAGAGAGAUUUGGAAGUUGCACUAGCAUUAUCAGUGAAAGAACCUUCUCUAGCAACUACUGAUAAGCAGAAAUCUCAAGAUGUUGAAAAAUGUGAUACUGCUGAAUCUGAAAAAAUGAAUAUUUCUCCCCACCUCUCUAAUUGCAGUGUAGAUGGUGUUUGCUUCAAUUUAAAUGAGAUUACUGAGGAAGAUGAUUCUCAUGCUGGUCAUAGGCCAAGAAAAGCCGCAUCCAAAGCUAUGCUACAACAGAGGAAGUUACUUAGAGAAAGUAGUGAUGGUGACGAUGGUACCGAGUCUGAACCAAACUUUACAAGUGAAAGUAAUUCUGAUUUCAGUGAAAGUGAGGGGGAAGAUGAAGAUUUUACUACAAGGAAAAAUAAAGCCAAAGAAAAUAAAAAGAAAAAUGCUAAGGUCAAAGCCCCAGUGGAAAAGAAAGAGAAGAAAGCUUCUAAGACUUCUCACAGUUUGGCUCCAGUGGUCUCUCAUCCAGCACCUGUUAAGUCAAAACCAGCACCAAAAGAAGCUUGUGUGUCUUCAGAGCUUGUUAGGAAGCCGUUACAAACACUCAGCCCUUUGGUUGAAUCUAAGAGGCCCAGAUGGGUCCCACCAGCUUCAUCAGGAAGCAGCAGCAGCAACCAUCUUGGAGGAGUUUCUGUUAGGUCUCCCAGUCAUGGUCUCCGACUUGGCCUGUCCAGAUUUGCUCGAGUUAAACCUCUCCACCCAACUGCCAGUAGUACCUGAAAAUGGUGGAAAAGAGAUCUUUGAUAGAGGAAUCCAAGUUUCGAAAGAAUAUUCUUGUUUGAAAAGGGUAAUGAUAAUCUAAAUAUAGUUCUUUUCA